GGCAGCUGCGAAAGCCGGGAAGAUGUCCUCGCCCUCGUCCCGCUCCUGCAGUGAGCGGCUCUAUUCAUAAAAACGGAACCUGGAACGGCACUCCCCGGGGCGAAGGUGGUAUCAGUACAUGUCGUGGGGCCAGAGAAGCUAGAUCCAGGCUGACUCGGGAUAUCCCGGAGUCCCCGGAGAGGCUGCCACUCUGACGUCUGGGGAGACAGGCCCUAAGCCCCGGCUGGCUAUGAAGAGUGACUUCUCGACACCUGCAGCCCCCCUUAGGGGGGUCGGGGGGCCCCUGAGGAGCAGUGAGCCUGUGCGUGCCGCCCCAGCCCCGUCGGCAGCCGUGGUUCUGCUGGAGGAGGCGGCAGACCUCUUAGUAGUACACCUGGACUUCAGGGCGGCGCUGCAGACCUGUGAACGCGCCUUGCCGAGCUUGGCCAACCUUGAUGCGGGCACCUCCUUGGAGGUGAAGUGCUCCCUGUGUAUUGUGGGGAUCCAGGCCCUGGCAGAAAUGAAUCGGUGGCGGGAAGUCCUGUCCUGGGUUCUUCAGUAUUACCAGGUUCCUGAAAAGCUACCCCCCAAAGUCCUGGAGCUAUGUGUUCUUUUAUACAGCAAAAUGCAAGAGCCUGGAGCUGUGCUGGAAGUGGUCAGUGCCUGGCUGCAAGACCCAGACAAUCAGGACCUUCCAGAAUACAGAGCCUUGGCAGAACUUCACCUACAGCGGGUGCUGCUACCCCUGGGCUGCUUGUCAGAGGCUGAGGAGCUAGUGGUGGGCUCUGCAGGCUUCAGUGAGGAACAGCAGCUGGACAUACUCCAGGCCAUUAGUAAGGCAAGGCAACAGCAGAAACACCAACGCUUGGGCUCUGAGGAGGCCCAGAAGCUGAACCAGGAAGGCUCCUUCUCCCACAAGUUCCUGUCACUACUGAUGUUGCUCCGCCGGCUUUGGGAUUCUACAGUGAGCCACUUCUUUUCCCUGCCCUUCAAAAAGAGCCUCCUGGCUGCCUUGAUCCUCUGCCUCUUGGUGGUAAGGUUUGAUCCAGCUUCUCCUUCAUCCUUGCCCUUCCUCUGCAAGCUGUCUCAGCUCUUCCAUCGGAUUCAGGAAGCCAUAUUUUCUCUCUACCGGCUUCCUAUCCAUGACUGAGUGGUCUUUCCCAUUCACCUCAACCUUGCUAAUCCCCAAGUUUGCUGUGACAGAAGCAGAGUAACUCAUCCAUGGCGUCCUAUUUCCUGUUGCUGGCUGGGCCCCCAUAGGAGUGGGGCCAGCCCGAUUCUAGAAAGAGCUGAUCCAGUAUGGUGAACUGUGUUUUGCCACCUGAAUGUAUUCCACUUUGCACCCUACUUUGGCUGAUGUUGGUAGGAAAUGUGGAAACAAAGGGGGCCAGAGACCUCAAGUCCUCCAGAAUAGUAUUCCCUUUUACCAGGGGCCCCUCAUAAAGGAGGGGUUUGGGAAAGGAGACUGUAUCCGUGAAAUAUUCCAUCUUCUUGGCCAAGGCAAGGGGUUGAUUUUUCAGGUCAGCAGGUUAAUGAAGCUGGAAGUUCAGAAAACUCUGAUGGAAUGACCCUUGGCCUUUUACUUUCUUGAAAAACUUACCUUUGAGAUUUACUUCACAGGGCACGUCCUUAAUUAGGCAGAGUGUGAGGAUCUGAGAGGGCCUUUUGCUUCUCCUGUAUGCUCCUCUCCACAGAUCUGGUCUAAUUAUUCCUGUGGUUUUGCAAUGGGCUUGAAGCUGCAUGGGCCCUCUCUUUUUAGACCAGGACAUGGCUUUCAGAACCACCCAGGUCACUAUUGAAAGCAAAGUAAGGCUGCUGUACCCUUCUCACUGGGGAAAAUGAUCCUGCUCGGUGCCUCUUGGGCUUCAGCUCAAUUUUCCAGGUUGUCAGUGGCCAAGUCCUGCUCUAUUACACACUCAGCAUUCCUGUGCUCUCUUUCUUCCUGUCAGUCCCUUCCCCCUGCUCUGCAAUAGUAUUUUUGUACUUUGUCUGAUGGCUGUUUUACCAGGUUCUACCUGUAUCUUUGGUUCCUCAGUACAUAUUGUUGCGGGUCCGCCAACCCCUUCUAUGUCCUGUUGUUCUAAUUAUAUUUUAUUAUUUAUAUAAUGUAGAAGUCUUUCUGCUUGUGUGGCCUUGAAAAGUAGGUUAGCCUUAGAGGCCGAUGAGCUGAAAAUGGAACUGGGUAAUCAGGUGAGCUGGAAGGGAUAUGUGGAGGGAGUUGUGCAGAGGGAAGACAUGGGUUUUGAAGGCAAUGAAUGAUUUUAUUCAUUGUUAGGGGUAGGAGGCAUUGGAGCCAUAGCAUUUGAGUAUUUGAAAUGUUUCAGUGUUUUCUGUUACUGGCUGCGAGAAUCUUACAUGUGUCUGUGCAAGUAUAUGUACACAAUACUACACUGUCAGAAUUAUGAAAGGCUUCCUGCAGGGGUUAGCCUUUCUGAGGCUGAAGGCCAAACAAACCAUUCCUUCCUGGGGCUCUGGGCAGUGUUGAUGCCGGAAUAUAGGAGAUGCGUUUAGUAGUUUUCCAUAGGUUCCUCUUCAGGAGUUCCAAGUCAAUAACUUCUCUUUAGUAAAAUGGGUAGACUAAGUAAACCUCACAGGUCAUUGGGAGAUAAAUCCCUAGGGUGUGUCCAACUAUGUAGGAAACAAAUCUGUGCUUUUAUGUUUGGGCUUUUAAAUAGUUAAGACCCUUGGGGAGAGGAAAGGAGACAAGGUGAGAUCUCUGUUGGAAUUAUUUCUGAAAAUAAAAAUCUGGUCCCUUUCACUACCCCAGAUAAAACUCUUUAAUGGCUUCCCAUGGCUCACGUGGGAUUUCUUCUUAAAUUUAAAUCCCCUUAUGCACUAGUUUUGGCUAACACCUCCUCUUUCAUGUGGGGUCUCUGUUCCUUACUCACACUGCCCUCCAGCUGCUGAGCCAGUCACAGGUUUCUGAACAUUGCAUGCUUCCUCACACCUUGGCUCCUUCGGUUCCCUCUGGAAGGUCCAGCUCCCACUUUUUGGCCA